AUGGCCCGGUUCAACCCAAGCAGCGACAUCCCUGACCUCUCAGGCAAGGUCAUAAUCGUCACCGGAGGCAACAUCGGCCUCGGCAAGGAGACCGUCACGCAGCUCAGCAAGCACAACCCAGCACACAUCUACCUCGCCGCUAGGAGUCAGUCAAAAGCGCUGACAGCCAUCGAAGACAUCAAGAAGAAUGUCCCCAACGCCGCGCCCAUCACCUUCCUGGAACUCGACCUGACGUCCUUUGAGAGCGUCAAACGAGCCGCCAAGGAGUUCCAGUCCAAGGAACAGAAGCUCCACCUCCUCAUCAACAACGCCGGCAUCAUGGCCUGGCCCGCCGACACCACGAAGGAAGGGUACGAGAUCCAGUUCGGCACAAACCACAUGGGCCAUGCCCUCUUCACCAAGCUCCUCCUCCCCACGCUCUCCAAGACCGCCAAGUCGGACAGCGACAAGGACGUACGCAUCAUCAACCUCUCCUCGGCCGCCGAGGGGUACCCGUCGAAAGACGUGUGGAACUUUGAGGCCCUCAAGACCGACAUGGCCUCGUACAGCACCUGGGCGCGCUACGGCUGCUCGAAGCUUGCUAACGUCCACCACGCCCGCGCUCUGGCCAAGAGGUAUCCGGAGAUUCGGUGCAUCUCGCUCCAUCCCGGCGUUGUCAGCACGAACCUCGGCAGCGGACUCUUGGCUAGCUGGCCGCUAUUCAGGCCUCUGAUCAACCUUGCGCUGUGGGCUGUGACGACGUCGGUUGGGGAGGGAGCCAAGAACCAGCUGUGGGCUGCGACGAGCCCGGAAGCGAAGACUGGUGUGUUUUACUGGCCUGUGGGGGUGACGGGCAAGGACUCGAAGCUUUCUUUGGAAGAUGACCUUGUUGAGAAGCUAUGGGACUGGACGGAGAAGGAGUUGGAGCCGUACGUUUGA